AGGAGCAGCUCGAAGGAAGGACGCGCAGCUCACACGGGCACCGUAGCGACCUGUCGUCCUCAUCGAAACCAGUCUCGGGCCGCACUGAGGUCAAGGGGACAGGGACCCGCAGCUCUCGUCCGGAUCCUGACAGGAAAGUUGGACAUGUCCGGAGCCUUCUGCAAAAGUUUAUACCCCUUCAGCGGGGAGCAGCACCAGCAGGGAUUGAGGUUCGAGGCCGGGGAGGUGAUCAAGGUGGUCCAGGCUGUUCCCGGUGGAUGGUGGGAGGGUGAGAAGGACGGAGCCAGAGGAUGGUUCCCCUCCAGUUACGUCCAGGUCCUGGAGAGGACUGCAUCACUAAGUCAGCUACCAAUGGAGGACCACAGAGAGCCUCUGCCUCCCCACUGGAAGUGUUACGUGUCCCCACAAGGACGUCAGUACUAUGUGAACACCACAAAUAACGAGACCACUUGGGAGAGGCCGUCUAGCGUGCCCGGAACUCCGAAAACACCCAUGCGACACAAGAACUCCCUGCCAACAGUGAACGGGUUUCACUCAGGUGGAAGUCCUCUGCAUCGUCUGGAGCAUCAGCACAACAGUCUGGUCAGGAAGAGCAGUUCAGAGCCGCAGAGUCCGGGAUCACCUACCAGGAAGCAAAGCAAAGAAACCGCAGCUACGAUUAACUGUGUGACGUUUCCGCUGCCUGCCUUCAUGCCAGAGCAACAUCUGCUGAAACCAAAUGAAUGGAGCUACUGCGACUACUUUUGGAUGGACAAGAAAGAGUCUCCGAGCAACGGCAGCAUAACUGGAUUCGAGAUCCUGCUGCAGAAACAGCUGAAGGGGAAGCAGAUGCAGAAAGAGAUGGCCGAGUUCAUCAGAGAAAGGAUAAAGAUAGAAGAGGAAUAUGCCAAGAAUCUGUCCAAGCUCUCCCAGAUACCUUUGGCAAGCCAAGAAGAAGGGACUCUCGGGGAGGCCUGGGCCCAGUUGAAAAAGAGUCUAGCUGAUGAAGCUGAGGUCCACCUGAAGUUCUCUUCAAAGCUCCAAAGUGAGGUGGAGAAGCCAUUCCUGACCUUCAGGGAGAACUUUAAGAAGGACAUGAAAAGAUUUGACCACCACAUCUCUGACCUACGAAAGCAGCUGGUUGGUCGCUACGCAUCAGUGGAGAAGGCCCGGAAAGCGCUGGCUGAGCGACAGAAAGACCUGGAGUUGAAGUCUCAACAGCUGGAGAUCAAACUCAGCAACAAGACGGAAGAAGAAAUCAAGAAGGCUCGCAGGAAGUCCACACAAGCAGGUGAUGAACUGAUGCGCUGCGUGGAUCUUUACAACCAGUCUCAGUCCAGGUGGUUUGAGGAGAUGGUGACGACCAGCUUGGAGCUUGAGCGUCUGGAAGUGGAGCGCGUGGAGAUGAUCCGACAGCACCUGUGUCAGUACACCACGCUGCGGCACGAGACCGACAUGUUCAACCAAAGUACGAUGGAGCCAGUGGACAAGCUGCUGCAGUGUGUGGACCCAAUAAGAGACAGAGAACUGUGGGUGAAGGAGAACAAGACUGGAGAAAUCAGACCGGUGGACCUUGAGGUGUGAAGGCCUCAGUGAGCCAGCGCUGAUCUGCACAUGACUCUGAUCAGACUGAGGGCGGAUCAGCCAGUAGAACCCUGGAUGACAUCAAUGUUCAGCGUUUCCUUAUGCAAGCUGAUCACCUCGGACCUGGAGCGUGCAGUCAGUUGAAGUGGAAACUGGUGAGACAGCGGACCAAGCGCGGACUUUCAUGUGCGAAUAGCUGUUGUGUUUCUGCUCCGUGAGGUAUUUCCAGAGUCACGUGAGACUUGUCUUUAAGCUGCACCCACAAACCUGUGCUGCCACACGUGCCGACGUCGAUGUUCACAAGGCCACCGCCCCCAUCAGCAGGUGACCCAAUGAUGGCUUGACUUCUCAAGGAUAAAAGAAUGUUCCAGGAAUACACUUCAGAAUUUGUUCCAAAGCAGGAAUCCGAUUACUUGUGACCUUCAUCUGUACAUGAUCAAUGUAAACAUGAAGCACUUCCCUCAGAUCAUGUUUAUUUAUAUGGAUCCUCUGCUGCUGUGGCAGUGAUGUUUCCUGUUUUGCCCAGAUGGCCAAAAAAAAAAAGAGGUCACUGAAAGGGCGAAGGGUUAUGCUAACAACAUGGUGUCCCAUAGUGGAUCUGGCUGUCUCUGUCUACAGGACAUGCUACAGGUCACUGGGUGUUCCUCACCAACAUACUCUAAAUAUUCUGUUACUUUUGCUUUACAAACAUUCCACUCAAAAUAAAGAUGCAUUUUCUCCUUGGUUUCUUGUAAAGUGUGAUGCCAUUGUUGUCUGCUGACAUAAAACAUGUCGAAAAUUGUUGGUGUUGA